GUGGAUUACUGACUGUUGGCAUGCCUGCUGCAAGACCCUGUUUGAGCUACUGAAAGAUCAGAUCUUGAGCAAGAUGUCUUCACUUGGACUAUGGCUUGGUGUUUUAGUGGGUCUGUGCAUUGGGCACUCACAUGGAUGGUUUUGGAAUGAUGACCCAAAGGACAACAGCGUUGGCACUCCAACACCAGCCUAUGUGACUACUUUAGGCAAAACUGAUCCAACAACGGUAGCUACAACAGAAUACCAGUCAACAAAAGGCACAGAUGCUUUGGAUGUGGAUGUCCUUUCUAAGGGUGAGGAGAAGGGGAGUGAAGGGGGAUCUAGCAUUGGUUCAGCUUGGAAUGAGCAGUCAAAGGCAGAGGCAAAGGUAGAACAUGGUCCUGGGUUAGAACCUGACUCUGGAUCAUGGAAUCUUUCUGGGUCUGGGUUAGAACCUGACUCUGGAUCAUGGAAUCGUUCUGGGUCUGGGUUAGAACCUGACUCUGGAUCAUGGAAUCGUUCUGGGUCUGGGUUAGAACCUGACUCUGGAUCAUGGAAUCGUUCUGGGUCUGGGUUAGAACCUGACUCUGGAUCAUGGAAUCUUUCUGGGUCUGGGUUAGAACCUGACUCUGGAUCAUGGAAUCUUUCUGGGUCUGGGUUAGAACCUGACUCUGGAUCAUGGAAUCUUUCUGGGUCUGGGUUAGAACCUGACUCUGGAUCAUGGAAUCUUUCUGGGUCUGGGGUUGAACCUGAAUCUGAGCCUACAAUUAAACCUGACACUUGGUCACCUCUGCAGGAAAUCAACAACAUCCAAACCAAUUUGUCUACUGGUGGGGAUAAUAUCCAUGCUGUUGCAGAGGAUAUGAAGCUGGAGAAGAAUCUGACCAAAGAGGAUGUCUCUGAAACGGCUGAACACGUUGGAACUGUUGCACCCGGUGACCCCAUUUUGACAGAGAAAGGUGUUUCGCUCUCGCAGCUGAUUGGUUACCCUCUUCCAAAAGGCAUCACCAGGAGUUAUGAACCAGACUCUGGCUUUGUGUUUGAUCAAAACUCCAAGACUGGUCAGCUGGCUCGCGUGCACCUGCCCAAAUCUUUUUACCGUGACUUCUCUCUUAUGUUCAACCUGAAGCCCACUUCCACCAAAGCUGGAGUGAUCUUCUCAAUCACCGACACCAACCAGAAAAUCAUGUACAUCGGGGUGAAGCUUACGCCUGUGAAGGACCAAAAGCAGAAUAUUGUCCUCUUUUACACUGAGCCAGACUCCCAGGCAUCCUAUGAGGCUGCAAGCUUUACUGUUCCCUCCCUUGUCAACUCCUGGACUCGUUUCUCUCUCAGUGUGUUGGAUGAAAAAGUUACCCUCUACCCCAGUUGUGACUCAGAACCCAAGGUGCUGCCCUUUGAACGUUCUCCGGAUGAAAUGGAGCUGGAUCCAGGAGCCGGGAUCUUUGUGGGUCAAGCUGGAGGAGCUGAUGAUGAUAAGUUUGUGGGUGUUAUUGGAGAUCUAAAGGUGGUCGGAGACCCUCGUGUAGCUGCACAUUAUUGUGAGGAAGAAGAGGAUGAUUCCGAUGGAGCCUCUGGUGAAUAUGGAAGUGGUUUUUUCGGCAGUGGUGAUCACCCAGUCUCGACCACAAGUCAACCUUCCAAUCCCCUACAACAACCUCCAGUGAACCCGACAGUGGUAACCGUGAGCAAGGAUGUGCAGAAAGGCUAUGAUGGCUAUGGACGAAUUUCUGGCUCAUACGGUGAUUCCCGUCGAACGUCUGGCUCACACGUUAAUUCUGGACGAUCUUCUGGUUCAUAUGGCACUUCUUCUGGCACUUAUGACCAUUCACAACGAAUAUUUGACUCUCAUGACAAUUCUGAAUCAACAUCUGAUAUAUAUGAUGAUUCCCGGCGUACAUCUGUCAAAGCUGACGGCAAGCGAACUUCGGUUUGGAUCCACGAUAGCAAGCGAACCUCAGACCGAACUGCCGAUUCAGGGAGAAUUUCAAGCUCGGGGAGAGCAACAGGUUUGUCUGAGAGCUCCCGACAUACAAACACCGUGAGUUCUGGUGGCCGUGGAGUUUCUGGCUCCGGUGCUGAGGCUGGAACUUCCAGCUCCCAAGUGCUAUCAGGUGCAGGAGUUCGGGGAGAAAAAGGUGAUAAAGGAGACAAAGGACCUAAAGGAGACCGUGGUCUUCAGGGCCCCAAGGGAGAUCCAGGGUCCAGGAUCGGAUCUGGAGGCGGAGACGGUGCUAAAGGAGAGAAAGGUAGCCAAGGAGAAAAAGGAAUCAAGGGUGUUGCAGGAUUUGGCUAUCCUGGAUCAAAGGGUGACCCAGGACCUCCUGGUCUUCCAGGUCCUCCUGGUCCUCCUGGGUCCAGUGUUGGCAUCGUGGACAGGGGAAACGGCUCUGUAGUUCAGAGUAUCCCAGGGCCGAUGGGACCUCCGGGACCUAAAGGAUCUCUGGGACCUAAAGGAUCUCCGGGACCUAAAGGAGAACCUGGUGACCCUGGUGAAGAUGGAACUGCUGGACCACGUGGUUUCCCAGGAACCCCUGGAGAUCCUGGAGCUAAAGGAGAAAAAGGUGACAAGGUGGAAGGUCCUCCCGGACCCAGGGGACCACCAGGACCUCCGGGACCUCCAGGACUCUCAUAUCGCUCAGACAGGCCUACAUUUGUGGACAUGGAGGGCUCUGGCUUUAGUGAUCUAGAGGGUUUGCGGGGAUUGCCUGGUUUGCCUGGUCCUCCUGGCCCACCUGGCCCACCUGGAGCCCCUGGAUCUGAAGGUAGUUCUGCUGCUUCACAUGCUUCUGUUUCUGGCGUUGCCAGACCUACUGGUCCACCUGGAAAGGAUGGUGCUCCAGGACAAACGGGACUUCCGGGUUCUGACGGAAAGCCUGGCCUGCCUGGCCUGCCUGGCCCUAAAGGAGAAAAGGGUGAUACCGGCGAGCUCGGCUUACCUGGAGCUGUCGGGGAAAAGGGUUCACAGGGGCUUCCUGGCCAUGCAGGAGGACCCGGGCAGCCUGGUCUCGCUGGCCUUCCAGGACCAAUAGGACCUGUGGGACCACCUGGGCCUCCUGGGCCUCCUGGGCCUGGCUACCAUGUUGGAUUUGAGGAUCUGGAGGGUUCAGGUGUAAACGUUUAUGGUGGCGUCCCUGGUGUCAGAGGACCUGAAGGCAUACGGGGUCCACCUGGUCUUCCGGGUCAGCCUGGUGUACCUGGACAGAAAGGAGAUAAAGGUAGCGACGGACAUCCAGGAACAGUUGGCCAUCCUGGAAUUGAUGGCUUUCCUGGCCCACAGGGACCUAAGGGUGACCGAGGAUUUAAAGGAGACAGAGGUGAUCCAGGUCGCGAUGGUAUUGGCCUUCCAGGACCACCUGGACCACCAGGACAGAUCAUCUAUCAGUCUCCAGACGGUCUUGAUACUGCGGUUGAUGGACGUCUGUCUGGCAUCCCUGGUCAAGCAGGAUUCCCAGGCCCAAUAGGACCGAAGGGUGAGAAAGGAAACUCCGGUGCUCCAGGACAUAGCAUUAAGGGUGAGAAAGGAGAACCUGGUGUGGUUAUUGGACCUGAUGGAAGCCCUCUGUUUCUUGGUUCAUCAGUUGGUCAUAAGGGGGAUAGAGGACCUGCUGGACCUGUUGGACCCCCUGGACCAUAUGGACCUCCCGGCAUGAAGGGUGAAAUCGGAAUGCCAGGCAGACCUGGACGGCCAGGUAUAAUUGGAAGUAAAGGAGAAAAAGGAGAGUCUGGCUCUGGUUCAGGAUACAGCUAUCCAGGUCCUCCAGGUCCUCCAGGUCCACCAGGUCCACCGGGACCAUCAACAUACCCUACAGAUCUAAACAGAUUUGGUAGAUAUGAGGACUCUGGUAGAGUGUAUCCAGGUGCGAAAGGAGAGAAGGGAGAUCGUGGGGUUCCUGGUAUUCCCGGGGCACCAGGCAACUUUGAUGUUUUCACACUGAAGAAUGAGCUGAAGGGUGAGCGUGGAGACCCCGGGCUGAAAGGAGAGAAGGGCGAGCCGGGCGGACACUACGGUUCUCACUAUGGAGGUGUGCAGGGACCACCAGGACCUCCUGGUCCUAAAGGAGAUUCUAUCGUAGGGCCACCUGGUCCACAGGGUCCACCAGGACCUAUUGGUUAUGAAGGUCGUCCAGGAAACCCAGGACAACCAGGACAACCAGGACCUCCUGGGCCACCUGGUUUACCCUCAUUACCUGGUGCUCACAGACCUACAAUCAGCAUUCCUGGCCCUCCUGGUCCUCCUGGUCCACCUGGCCAAAGCGCCGGAGUGACAGUACUGAGAACAGUUGCCUUGAUGCUUUCAACAGCACAGAGACAACCAGAGGGUUCUCUGUUUUACCUAACGGACACAAGCGAGCUCUAUGUCAGAGUGCGUGAUGGUGUCAGAAAAGUCAUGCUUGCGGAUCAUAACCCCUUCUACAGAGAUUCAAACAAUGAGGUGGCAGCAGUACAGCCUCCCCCAGUAGUGCACUACCCUCCGAACCACUCGGCAAAUAACGGUGCAGAAGACUACUCCCCUGUCGAUGCUGCAGUCCGGCAGCCGGAGAGUCCCAAGAGUGAACAUCCUCAACCAGACAUUGAUCCAAACUACAGCACACACUACUCCUCUCACCCAGACAGCAGGUACCCACCUCAGCCGGACAGCAGGUACCCACCUCAGCCAGACAGCAGGUACCCACCUCAGCCAGACAGCAGGUACACACCUCAGCCAGACAGCAGGUACCCACCUCAGCCAGACAGCAGGUACCCACCUCAGCCGGACAGCAGGUACCCACCUCAGCCGGACAGCAGGUACCCACCUCAGCCGGACAGCAGGUAUCCACCCCGCACUGAUCACCACAUCCCUGUACCUCCAGAGAGGUACCCCAUCACGCCAAUCCACAGACCCAGCACACCUGUCCAUAAGCCUGAGGGUCAUGUACACACAUCAGGACCAGGGCUGCAUCUGAUCGCCCUGAACAGCCCUCAGGUGGGUAACAUGAGGGCCAUCCGUGGUGCAGACUUCCUGUGCUUCCAGCAGGCACAUGAUGCAGGUUUGAAGGGAACAUUUAGGGCUUUCCUGUCCUCCAAACUGCAGGAUCUAUACAGCAUCGUUCGCAAAUCUGAAAGAAACACGCUGCCUAUUGUCAACCUUAAGGACCAAGUGCUAUUCAGCAGCUGGGAAUCGCUGUUCGGUGAUUCAGAGGGCAGGAUGAAGACCAACGUACCCUUAUAUUCCUUUGAUGGCAGGGACAUCCUCAGGGAUAGUGCUUGGCCAGAGAAGAUGAUCUGGCAUGGCUCCAGUGGGAAGGGUCACCGUCAAAUGGAUAACUACUGCGAGACGUGGAGGACGUCAGAUCACGCCGUGAUGGGUCUGGCCUCUUCUCUGCAGGCUGGCCAGCUCCUACAGCAGAAACCCAGCAGCUGCUCCAACAACUACAUAGUGCUGUGUAUCGAGAACAGCUAUAUCACACAGUCUAAGAAGUAAAUGAUCCAUCAGUCCAAUAGAGUGCAGACCACAUUAGGUUAACUGUCUGGGCAGAUAUUUUUUUCCAAUUUUCCACCCUGUUUAUAAAGUGAAAACAAAAAAUAAAAAAAGAAAGAAAAGAAAUUAAAAAUGACAGGGUCUGGGUCUGCAUCACAGAGAGGCCGCCCACUGUCCUCUGGUUCCUUUUAUAAUGCCAACAAGACAGGCUGUUGGCGCUGUCUCCCGGCAUUGGCACAUAUUUUCCAGGAGGGGGUUUGAACCAGCGAGGACAGGAAAUGCAGUGAGGCAGGGUUUUCAGUUGUAUUUUCCAUAUAAAAUUGUAUAUGAAAUGUUUGUCGCUUCUGUUGGUUUUUAUGUUUCUUUAUAAAAAAUGUCUUAAGUGGUAUAUUUAACCAGUUUAGCUACAUAUGUUUGUGUAACACUGUUUUUGUCUAUUGCUUCCAUUUUCAUGCAAGGAAUUUUUGGAAAUUAAGGGGCAGACAUGUCUAAAAGCAUUUUAGAUUUUACAAAGAGAGUAAAUAUUUAUUUUGUGCUAAAAACAAAACACAAAAAAGAACCCUAAGUGAUGAAUUUGAAACAGAAUACAGUUUUAUUCUAUUUUAGCUAGCACUUUUUGCUAGAUUUGUUUUCUAUAUACCCAGGAGAAAGUGUGAAACUAAAAUAGGCUUUUCCUAAACCAUGAACAACAAAUAGAUUUUUGAGCCCCUGAAUUUUUCUUUAGCAAACGAAUGUCACUUGUAUGUAGACCAUAGGAUCAAAAUUCUAUGGAAAAAAUUAUCAGUGGAAACAUAAUAUGGAGUUUAUGAACUUUCUGUUAUUGUUGUUUUUGUUCAUUCCAGACCACUUAUAAAGAAAAUGGAAAAAAAAAAAACCCACAGUAUAUAUUUCCAGAAUAUUUCAGAGAACAGUAAAGGUGUUAAAGGUGCUUUUAAUAAAAAACCAGUACCAGUAAUUUCAAACUGCAGUUCACCACUGAGUGGGAAACUCAUUCAGUUGCUGCGUUUUGAAAAUUAGACAUGUACAUUUAGUACAGAGAGUAAUUUAUGAAAUGACGUGCUUUUAUAAUACGUCUGUGUGAAAUCUCAUAUGCUAACUCUGCUGUAGAGCUGGUGAUAUAAGUAUGGCCCUGUGGAACUCACACACUUUUUUGUAACUAUUAUGUGCUUUAUCAUUUUUACAUGGCACUGAAUAAAUGAUUUUUCACCAUUCACAUAAAAAA